AUGCCAUCUGAGGUUGAAAUUGUGGGAGAACAAGAUACAUAUGAGAUUGAGGUUACUGGAGAGUCGAACAAUGCUACAGAGAAGAAAAUAGAGGUGACCCAAAAAGUUGUUCCCAUGCCUAGACCUCCACCUCCAUUCCCACAGAGAUUGGUGAAAUUUAUGAAAGACUUGGGGACCAAGAAAAGGGCCAUCAGUUUUGUGAAUAAUCAGACGUUGCAACAUUGCAGUGCUAUUUUUACUAGGUCACUUGUUCAAAAGAAAGAAGAUCUUGGAGCUUUCACUAUUCCUUGUACCAUCGGAAUUUUCCACUUUGCAAAAGCUUUGUGUGAUUUGCGUGCUAGCAUCAACUUGAUGUUGUUGUCCAUAUAUAAAAAGUUGGGUUUAAGGGCUCCAAAACAAACUGCAAUGCGUCUACUCAUGGCCGAUAGAACUGUGAAGAAGCCUAUUGGGAGACCAUUCCUUGCUACUGGGUAUGCCUUAGUCGAUAUGGAGAGAGGGCAGAUGAAGUUUCGACUAAAUAAUGAGGAGGUAACUUUUAAUAUAUGUAGGUCUAUGAAGCAGGAAAGUGAUCUCAAGUUUGUAUCAGUGGUGCAUCAUAUUAUGGAAUGA